ACUAAUCAAAUUUAAAAUAGUUUGGUAGAUUGAUUUAAUGAGUGUGAGAAAAUUGAUUAAAACAGUAAAAUAUUUACAUGGUAGAAGUAUAAGACUUUAUUCAUCCAUUUGAUGUUGUCUUCUUGUUAAUAAUAUUUAAGUUCUGUAAUCUUGUGUUUUCUAUACCAAAGAACAUCAAUCACUAUGUUUUGUAACUCGAAGAUAGUACGAGUUGCACAGCUUGUAAAACUUCCAAAUCUUAAUCUGCACACAACCUCUGUGAAGUUUAAUACACAGAAAACUGAAAAGACCAUUAACCAAGUGACGCUCCUAGGAAGAGUUGGCGCUGAUCCUCAAAAGAGAGGUACAGAGGAACAUCCUGUUGUGAAUUUCCCUCUCGCAACUCACUUCAGUUACAAAUAUGAGUCUGGAGAUGUACUUCAAAGAACUGAUUGGCACAGAGUAAGCAUCUUCAAACCUGGUCUACGCGACACAGUCUACAAAUAUUUAAAGAAAGGACAAAGAGUCUAUGUCACGGGAAAACUGUCAUAUGGGGAAAUAAAACUUGAUGAUGGUCAGGUCCGAACAGCAUCAACAGUUGUAGCUGAAGACAUUAUCUUCUUCCAAGGACAGCCAGUUGAACAGUGAAUAGUAUCAAAUAACAUACUUGAAAAUUAAUUAGUUUUUAAGCAUAAUGUUACAAUGAUCGUUAUAAUUAAAAUGUAGCUAUUUUCCGA